AUGGAUGAUCAGAUUUAUCAGGAGUUUGACUACGUCCCCUAUGUCGAUGUCACAGAUGGUGGUCCACCGGUUGCGUUGAUUUUACGCGAACACUUCCCUAAUUUGAAGACACGAAGAAUGUGCCGGGGGCAUUGGGCCAUUGUGCGACGAAUCAUCGGACGGCCUCGACGGUUCAGUCCGACAUUUCUGGCAGAGGAACGUGGGAGUGUACAAGGGAAACGUCGAAAUUUACAUUAUUUACAACAUUUGACUGCAAGUGGCUCCUUGGGUCCAAUGGCCUCGGAACAUUUGAGUUCUUUGCUUACAUGUUUACCUGCUACGUCUCGCGUUCCACCACGCCUCCCCGUCGGAACCAAAGUAUGUCUUAGCCUCUACACACCUUUACAAGGCCUGUACUUAGGAGUUGUAGAGGAUUCUUGCCCCGGAGAUGGUCAUUAUACUGUUUGGGUGAAUGAAUUAGUUCUUUGCAAUGGCCUCACCAAUCCGGCGAAUUCAAACGGUCAUCAGGCGACCAAAAACUUUCGUGGAUUUCACAUAGUCCCCGAUGAAGACGUCUUCCCGCUUCCGCACCAAUCUCUGCCUUCUCACAUUCCCAUAUCCGCUCUACGAUAUCACCUGAAGGAAAGUCUGAUUGACGGCGCAAAUUCACAAAUGAUGUUAGACUAUCGCCUAAACAAUGCUUAUCGUCCAGGUAGACUGUGCGAUACAACAAACACGCGUUCGGAUGAUGAAAAUCCAGCUAUGUCUACUUCUGGUGGACCGUUACUCAGUGAAUCUGUCUGCACGGCAGAUUGCACAUUGGGAGCUGGUGGCUCUACAGAUCUAAGCGUGGAAGGACUUUUGAUUUCAAACAUGAAACCGGAUGCUUCCUCUUCGAUUCCUGAUUGCCCCACUGAUUCCACACAAAAUUAUCAGACGUUCACUCCUCAAAACAGCCCGAAGUUAUUUGCCAGUCUCUCUUUCAUUAUGAUGUUCUGUCAGGUGCAAAAAACUACUGUAAUGUUCUGUGGUGCAGAGUAG